UCGCACACACACACCACCUCCCUCCUCCCGCCUCCAUUCCUAACAGCCUGAACCGAGCUUAGCGAGAAGCGAGAGGAUGGAUACUGCGGCCGGCCGAGUCGUCCUGGCCGCCAUCCUCGCAUCGUUGUGACUGAACACCAACACCCACUCACCCAAACCCUUCCUCUUUCUCCUCGUCGUCCAUCACCACCAUCAUCAUCAUCAACGACACCUUCACGAGACAGCAGCCACGACGAUGGAGCCUCUAAAGCGGCAACAUCUCCUCCUCUCAUGAUGAUGGCCUCCAGCCUCCCUGUAUCUCCUCGCUGAAUUUAUACUUUUUUUUUACAUUUUGUUUGAGGGGGGAGAGCGGGGUGCAAAAAAAAGGACUGGCCAAACUAUGAACGAGGAGAUGACAAAAAGCGAGGAGCAGCAUUUGAGUUUGCAGAAAGCCUUGCAGCAGUGCGAGUUGGUGCAGAACAUGAUCGACAUCAGCAUCUCCAGCCUGGAGGGUUUGAGGACCAAAUGUGCCACAUCCAACGACUUGACGCAAAAAGAGAUACGGACGCUGGAAGGGAAGCUGGUCAAGUACUUCACCCGCCAGCUGUCCUGCAAGUGCAAAGUGGCCUUAGAGGAGCGAAGCACCGAGCUGGAGGACUUCCCUCGCCUGGGCCACUGGUUUCGUAUCGUCAACCUGAGGAAAGAGGUUACGCAGGACAUGAGGCCGGGCGAGGUGACUCUGGAGGGUCUGCUGGACAUGAACGAGCAACAAGUGUUUGAGCUCUUGCAAAAGUUCGGUGCCAGCGAGGAGGAAUGCGCCCGACUCAACGCCUCGCUGUCCAGCCUCAGGAAGGCCCACCAGCUUGAACAACUUGAGGAGGAUAGAUUGCACACUAACGGAGGGAGCCAGACCAAGCAGGACUGGUCCAUCCAGUGGCCGACCUCCGAGUCGGGCAAGGAAAACACCCCCGUGUGUCAGCCGGAGGCCAGCCAGUGGAUCCGCUUCCAACUGUCCCAAAGCCCCAAAGUCCAGUCCAAGUACAACCAGCACAUGUGCCACAGCCCCCAGGCCCCGGCGCCCCCUUUGUACGCAGACCGUCUGACCGUGGACAGCCCCUCCACGGGACUCCUGCCCACCUUGGACUCUGGCCACCGCUCGCUACCCCCGUCGCCUCGCCAGAGGCAUUUUGGCCCCACUCCCCCUCGGACUCCCUUGGUGUUCAACACCAUGACCCCGCCCGGCACUCCGCCCAUACGGCGAAGGAACAAAGUGAAGGCCCCGGGAACGCCGCCGCCGCCCAGUCGCAAGCUCAUCCACCUGCUGCCGGGCUUCAGCGCCCUGCACCGCAGCAAAUCCCACGAGUUCCAGCUGGGGACCCGCUUGGACGACACGCAGACGCCAAAAGCCAAGAAGAAGACCAAGCCCUUGAACCUUCAGAUCCACAGCAGCAUGGGAAGCUGCGAGAACCUGCCCACGCAGCGCUCGCCCCUGCACACCGAGCGCUCCCUGAGAUCCUUCUUCUUCCCCUCCUUCGUCCCCUCCACGCCUCCCGUGCACGCCGAAACGCCCUCUGCAAACACUCUGUCAGUGCCUCGCUGGUCCCCGCAGAUCCCACGAAGAGAUCUGGGAAACUCCAUAAAACACAGAUUUUCCACCAAGUACUGGAUGUCCCAGACGUGCACCGUGUGUGGGAAGGGAAUGCUGUUUGGACUCAAAUGUAAAAACUGCAAGCUGAAGUGCCACAACAAAUGCACCAAAGAAGCCCCGCCCUGCCAUUUACUCAUCAUACAGCGAGGCGGCAGAGAAUCCCUCAAAGACCACCAAGGACUGACUCAAGUCGCUCGCUUGGUGCGGACCGAGUCGGUGCCGUGUGACAUCAACAACCCGCUCAGGUACAGCGACCUGCACGUCAGUCAGACGCUCCCCAAAACCAACAGAAUCAACAAGGACCACAUCCCGGUCCCGUACCAGCCGGACUCCAGCAGCAAUCCGUCGUCCACCACCUCCUCCACACCGUCGUCUCCGGCCCCGCCCCUGCCCAGCAGCGCCACGCCCCCCUCGCCGUUGCAUCCCUCCCCGCAGUCUGCCCGGCAACAGAAGCAGUUCAAUCUGACAGCGUCCAGCUACUUCAAGUACAAACAGCAGUUCAUCUUUCCAGAUGUGGCUCCAGAGGUUCCCCCGAGCCGAGCGCCGCAAGUCAUCCUGCAUCCCGUCCUGUCGGAGCCCGGCAACGAGGGGAAUCCUUUGCUUCAAAUCGAAGUGGAGCCGACGUCCGACAACGAGGAGGCGAACGACGAGGAGUCGGGCGACGAGUUUGAGGAGAUGAACCUGUCUCUGCUGUCGGCGCGCAACUUCCCCCGCAAGGCCAGCCAGACCAGCAUCUUCCUGCAGGAGUGGGACAUCCCCUUGGAGCAGCUGGAGAUGGGCGAGAUGAUCGGCAAGGGACGCUUCGGCAAGGUGUUCCACGGCCGCUGGCACGGCGAGGUGGCCAUCCGCCUCAUCGACAUCGAGCGCGACAACGAGGACCAGCUGAAGGCCUUCAAGCGCGAGGUGAUGGCCUACCGCAACACCCGCCACGAGAACGUGGUCCUCUUCAUGGGGGCCUGCAUGAGCCCGCCACACCUGGCCAUCAUCACCAGUCUGUGCAAAGGCAGGACGCUUUAUUCGGUGGUGAGGGACGCCAAGGUUGUCCUGGACGUCAACAAGACUCGACAGAUCGCGCAAGAGAUGGUCAAGGGGAUGGGCUACCUCCACGCUAAAGGCAUCCUACACAAGGACAUGAAGUCCAAGAAUGUCUUUUACGACAACGGCAAAGUCGUCAUCACCGAUUUCGGACUCUUCACCAUCUCUGGGGUUCUCCAAGCUGGCAGCCGCAGGGAAGACAAACUGAAGAUCCCAAACGGCUGGUUGUGUCACCUGGCUCCCGAAAUCAUCCAGCAGCUCUCCCCCGACACCGAGGAGGACAAGCUUCCCUUCUCCAAGCAGUCCGACGUCUUCGCCUUCGGGACCAUCUGGUACGAGUUGCACGCACGUGAGUGGCCUUACAAGAGUCAGCCCGCAGAGGUGAUCAUGUGGCAGAUUGGCAGCGGCGUGAAGCCCAACCUGGCCCACAGCGGCAUGGGCAAGGAGAUCCUGGACAUCCUGCUGCUGUGUUGGGCCUUCCAGCAGGACGAGCGUCCCAGCUUCUCUAAGCUGGUGGAAUUACUGGAAAAGUUGCCAAAACGCAACCGCCGCCUUUCCCACCCUGGACACUUCUGGAAGUCAGCUGAGUAUGUCAAAUGAGUUGAGGGACAUGCCAAAACAACAACAACAACAACAACAACAGCAACAACAGAAGAUGUUAACUGUACUCAAAAAAACAAAAGACAUCAUGGAAUGUCGGCAUGUUGGUGUGUGCCCACAUUCCCAAAUAUUUUCCUCCCCUAUUGAUCAUUCUGGAGUUGUAAAAGAAGUACCCCGUCUGUGACUUUUACUUUGAAAGGAUGGAAGUGUUGUACAGUUAAGCUUUUCUUUUCAUAACGUGGUCCUCUCAAUCCUGGAGACCAUUUGUUGCCUUUCCAUCAUCAGGCAUUAGCAUCACGAGCUCGCUGGCACACGUCACCUCCUUUAGCAUCCGAUGCUAACAAAAUGACAUAACUGAUGGCAUGUUGGAAAAAAAAAGCUUUAAUGGCCUCUUUGCUUCUCUUCGUGCUCGCCACCGCCGUCUCUCCUGUACCGCUUGAAUGUGAAGAAGCUAGCCGGCUAGCUAGCUAGCUGGCGGGUUAGCUUCAUGAUUUUGCGCGGAGACGGUUCUCUGAUCAGCCAUGACGAAAAAUAACAUCCCCUCACCUGACACUUGAAAAGUAUCUCCGGCAGGAAACGCUGCGCUAGCUUGGUGUGGGAGCCCCGAUUCACAGAAGCUAACCGAGAAAAUCUUGCAAGAGUUUAGUCGGAUGCGUGUGCUUCCUAAAUAAAAACAAAAAGAAAGGUUUAUUUCUGUCGGAAAUCAUUCCUGACAGACUGCUUUUGUUCAAAGCCGUUCGCUGCAUGUGCAACAUCGAAAGCAGAGCUUCUCAAGCUGGGACUUUUAUUGCGGUCCUUGGAAGUCAUUUUUGUUUAUAUUUAUUACUUUUACACGUUUAUUGAAGUCAUUUUAUUUAUUUAUUUAUUAUUUCUUUUAGAUGUUGAGGCAUUUUUAUUUAUUUUUAAUGAUCUAUUACAUGUUUAUUUAAGUCAUUUUUAUUUGUAUUUAUUUUUUUACACAUUUAAGUCUUUUUUAUUUUGAUUUGUAAUUAUAUUUUUAGAUGUUUAAGGCAUUUUUUAUUUUAAUUAUUCUUACACAUUUAUUUAAGUCAUUUUUAUUUGUAUUUAUUUAUAAUUAUUUUGUUAGACAUUUAAGGUGUUUUUUUUAUUUGUUAUUUAUUUUUAAUUGUUGUUAACAUGUAUUUUUUUUUACACAUUAAAGUCAUUUAUUUCUAUUUUUUUAUGCUUAAGGCAUUUUAAUUUUUUUUUUAUUUAUUUUUACACUUUUAUUUAAGUCCUUUUCAUUUAUGUUUAUUUGUAAUUAUUUUUUACACGUUUAUUGAAGUCUUUUAUUUUUGUUUAUUUGUAAUUAUUUUUUCGUGGACGUUUCAAGCAUUUAUAUUUAUUUUUUAUUUUUCUUACACAUUUAUUGAAGCCAUGUCAUUUUUAUUCUUAUUUAUUUUUAAUUAUUUUUUAAAUGUUAAUUUAAGUCUUUUUAAAAUGUGUAUUUAUUUGUAAUUAUUUUAUAUGUUUUCAAGUUAUUUUUAUUUAUUUUGACUUAUUUUUUACACAUUUAUUGAAUUCAUUUUUGUUUUGCUUUCUUUUUAUUCAUUUUUUAGUUGUUUGCUCAGCCCAUUUUUGUUUCCCGCCAUCUACCGUGGAUGAAACAGCGGAAGCAAACUCCAGGAGGUGGUGUGACGCGGCAGAAAAGGCUCCGAAAUAAGUGAUGAAUAAAAAAGAAAAUCCAAUGACGUUUUGUCACCGAGCACGUUUGCGUUGACAGACGGCGGCGUGUCUCUCGGACGACAACGCUGCUCAAGAAGAUUUGACGAAAUGCUGCUUUUUAUGUUUUUCACUGACGGCAUCCCACCAACAUAAAAGUCAUCCGCUGAGAACCCCCCCUCCCCUCCCGCUGCAGCUUUUCUUCCUCCGUGGAAUUCCCACCAUUGUUCUUCUUCUUAUCGUUGAUUCUUCUUCUUCUUCUUCGUGGCAUGAGAGUGUUUCAUGGCGUUCAUGUCGCUGUACGCUGCUUUUGUCAACCACGCCGAGCACAGACAAUCACGUCCUGAUCAAUCAAUCAGUCGCAAGUCAAUCCAUACGUGAAGGAAAAAAACUAAACUAAACAAAAAAAACAGCAUCCAAACUCUUUGCUGCUGCUUUUCGUCUCUUUUCGGAAAUGUCUUAUUUCCAUUUUUUUUUACACAAGUGCAUGACCACCAUGACGACGAUGAUGAUGAUGAUGGACAAAUAACGUGUUGAAGAGUAUCCAAACCUCAUCAAAGUGUUGACAAACGGCAAGAAUGUUCAUUUUGCACGGUUGCACAUCUUAAGGAGGUUCAAAAUGUAAAAUGAGCAAAUGGCAGUGAGACAACAAAUGGGUUUGGGUUUGGGUUAUGUUGCACCGUUGUCUAUAUUCUUCAAUCUUACCUUUCCUUGAACACAUCUACUUUAUUUUGCUGAUAAGAUUUUUAUUACGGUUUUACCUCGAAUGACCAAAACAUUGAAAUCAGGGUGACUGCAUUGCCUAACCCCUAACCCCUAACCCCUAAACCCUAAGCCCUAACCCCUAAGCCCUAACCCCUAACGCCUAACCCCUAACCCCUAACCCCUAAGCCCUAAGGCCUAACCCCUAAGGCCUAAGACCUAACCCCUAAACCCUAACCCCUAAGGCCUAAGACCUAACCCCUAACCCCUCACCCCUAACCCCUAAGCCCUAACCCCUAAGGCCUAAGACCUAACCCCGAAGCCCUCACCCCUAACCCCUAAGCCCUAACCCCUAAACCCUAACCCCUAAGGCCUAAGCCCUAACCCCUAACCCCAAAGCCCUAAGCCAUAACCCCUAACCCCUAAACCCUAACCCCUAAACCCUAAGCCCUAACCCCUAAGCCCUAACCCCUAAGGCCUAAACCCUAAGCCCUAACCCCUAAGGCCUAAACCUUAAACCCUAAACCCUAAGCCCUAACCCCUAAACCAUAACCCCUAAACCCUAAGCCCUAACCCCUAAGCCCUAACCCCUAAGGCCUAAACCCUAAGCCCUAACCCCUAAGGCCUAACCCCUAAGGCCUAACCCCUAAGCCCUAACCCCUAAGGCCUAACCCCUAAGGCCUAAGCCCUAAGCUCUAACCCCUAAGGCCUAAACCCUAAGCCCUAACCCCUAAACCCUAAGACCUAACCCCUAAACCCUAACCCCUAAACCCUAACCCCUAAGCCCUAAUCCCUAAACCCUAACCCCUAAACCCUAAGCCCUAACCCCUAAACCCUAACCCCUAAACCCUAAGCCCUAACCCCUAAGACGUAACCCCUAAGGCCUAAACCCUAAGCCCUAACCCCUAAGCCCUAACCCCUAAGCCGUAACCCCUAACCCCUAAACCCUAAGCCCUAAGCCCUAACCCCUAAGGCCUAACCCCUAAACCCUAAACCCUAACCCCUAAAACGUAACCCCUAAACCCUAAGCCCUAACCCCUAAGCCGUAACCCCUAACCCCUAAACCCUAAGCCCUAACCCCUAAGGCCUAACCCCUAACCCCUAAACCCUAACCCCUAAACCCUAAACCCUAACCCCUAAGCCCUAAUCCCUAAACCCUAACCCCUAAACCCUAAGCCCUAACCCCUAAACCCUAACCCCUAAACCCUAAGCCCUAACCCCUAAGACGUAACCCCUAAGGCCUAAACCCUAAGCCCUAACCCCUAAGCCCUAACCCCUAAACCGUAACCCCUAACCCCUAAACCCUAAGCCCUAACCCCUAAGGCCCAACCCCUAAACCCUAAGCCCUAACCCCUAAGCCGUAACCCCUAAACCCCUAAACCCUAAGCCCUAACCCCUAACCCCUAAGCCCUAACCCCUAAACCGUAACCCCUAACCCUUAACCCCUAAACCCUAACCCCUAAGGCCUAACCCCUAAACCCUAACCCCUAAACCCUAAUCCCUAAACCCUAACCCCUAAACCCUAAGACCUAACCCCUAAACCCUAAGCCCUAACCCCUAAGACGUAACCCCUAAGGCCUAAGCCCUAAGCCCUAAACCCUAACCCCUAACCCCUAAGGCCUAACCCCUAAACCCUAAGCCCUAACCCCUAAGGCCUAACCCCCAAACCCUAACCCCUAAGGCCUAAGCCCUAAGCCCUAAACCCUAACCCUAGUAAACAAUGUAUUGCAAAGAAGCAUUCAAGUGAAACAGGUUGUUCAUCAGCUGAUCAAAAGUUUAAGACCAGAGCUCCGAAAAACCCUAAAAUGGAAAUAAAAUGUUCCAGUUGCUUCAAAAUUGUUGUUGAUGAGGUGAAAACCGGGUUGGGGCGUGCUUGAUGCCAGUGUUUCCAGGAGGCUGGUGGGAAUGUUGCUCCAGGUGGUGAAGAUGAUUUUUGUAAAUCCAUCCCCAAAUGUUCUGCAUUGGAGUUAGAUGAGGGAGCAUGCAGGACGGUCCAAAAGAGUGAUUUAUUCCUCUGGAAGACGUCCUUUGUGAAGUCAUCACCACACAGAUGAGGGCCGUCAGUCAUGAGGGAUGCCCCCCCUGCAACAUCUCCACAUAGCCGGCUGCCGUUUGACACCCCUGCACAACCUGCUGCUCCAUUGGAGGAUGAUGAUGGAGGAAAACAUCUCAGGUGGGAUCUCCUUGGAAUCCAUCAGGCCCGUCAAGGGAGAGUAAAACUCUUCCGCCUUUCAAUGUCCCAACGUUUGGUGCUCGCCUGCAAACUCCAAAGCGUGAAGGAGACCAGGCCUUUGAAGAGCUUUUUCUUCUUGGGAGAAUGUUUUUUUUUUUAUAUUUCGUCUUUAUGCGACUAAAAUUAUCUUAAUAAUUGGACUUUAUUCUUGUAAAAUGAAUUGUAAUUUUUUUUUUUUUUCAUUUUCCAAAUAUUCAGAUUUUUUAAAAUAAGUUUCAUAAAUUCUCCUUUUGUAAUAUUUGGACUUUAUUCACAUAAUAUUAGAACUUUUUUCCCAACCUAAUUUUCCAAAAGGACACCUUUGAUUUGGUUUCUCAUAAUAUUCCGACUUUAAAAGAUGUAUUUAAUAUUUCAACUCUGCGCUGUUAAAAAGACUUUUUCUUGCUGGGCUAAAACCUUUCUCUCUGAAUAGUUUCACUUUAUUCUUGUAAAAUUGCUGCUUUUUCCCAUUUAAAAAAUGAUAUGAAUAUUUCAAUUUUUGAAGUCAGUUUCAUAAAUUCUCCUUUUGCAAUAUUUGGACUUUAUUCACAUAAUAAAAAAAGUUUUUUGCCCAACCUAAUUUUCCAAAAAUGACAACUUUAAUGUUUUUUUGUCUCUCCUAAUAUUAUGACGUAAAAAAAGUAUUUCAUAUUUCAACUCUAUGCUGUUCAAGUGAAACCAUAUUCCGAGUUUAUGAAUACCGUUCUUCCAAAACAACACAAUUAUUUCCUCUUUAUUCUUGUCAAAUCAAUUCUUUUUGUUUGUAAAUCCUUGGAAAUGUUUUUCCUGCUAAUAUUUGAAAGGUUCUUGUCAACAUUUUCCCAUUUCUUCCUUUUGCGCUUGGAAGCUCUGCUUAGAAAGUCCAACAGUGCAAAAUGAUCAAUCUUGCCAUUUUUCCACUCUUUUUGCUAACGGACUAUUUCUAUUUUUACUGGAAAGCUGAGCUUGACGUCGGCUGUGUAAGAAGAAGACACUUUUUUCCCGUUUGAAUGAAAUGAGACUAAACGUGUUUUAGGUCAAUCAGGAUUGCCAACAUUAUUUCAAAUAUUUUCAAAUGAAUUUAUUAUUUCCAAAAAAUUGAAUAAAUGCUGCAAAUAUACGAGAGAGAAUAUUUUUGGUUUUUUUUACAGCAGCUCCCCCAGUAAUUCUUACGGCCAUAAAAAUGAGACACGGCUCGCUCCUCCCCCUCCAAACCCCCCUGCUGGCUUGACGUUGACGUUGUCCUCUGAUUGGUCUGGUUUUUUUCUUGUUUUUUUUUUACGCCGACUUUCUGAGUUCUGGCUUCUUUGACUGCGGAUCACGACACACUCUUUUGCUUCGGGGGUCGAUUGGCACGUUUUGGACCAAAAUCACAGAACCCGUCUCCUUCCUGAGCGCCCUACGAUGGCCGCACAUCCUGUCAUCCUGUUUGUCUUUGGUAGAAUAUGCCUGGAAAGCAUUCCGAUAACGCCUAAACUCCUGCUUUCAACGAUAUCUACAGUACGUAUGCUGUAUCUACAUGUCUAUAUAUCUACAUGUCUACAUAUCUACAUGUCUAUAUAUCUACAUAUCUACAUGUCUAUAUAUCUACAUGUCUAUAUAUCUACAUGUCUACAUAUCUACA